AGUUAUCAAACAAUUCAAAAAUAGUGAAAGGACGUCUUGUUUAUGUGUAUAGUUAAAUUAUUAUCAGUAUUUUUAUGAAAAUUAGGUAUAUGCAGUAUAUUUUUGGAACUUUCAACUCAUAAACAAGUUAUGUAAAGAACAUUUAAAAAUAAAACAAUGGAGAAAGUGGACAUAGACACAUUGAGGUCACUGUCUUCAAAAUGGAGCCUUGGUGGGGACAAGAGAUUGUUAGAUUUGUUACAAAAUAUACAUCAUAAAGUAGUUACAAAUUGCACAGAAACAAAUACUAAGUUGGAUGAAUUGAUAAAUAAACUUGAUAUAGCAAGCAUUGACCUGCAAAAUGUAAAUAAUAAAUUCAUGGCUCUAAGUAAUACACAAUUUAUUGAAAGACGAGUUUAUGAUGAUGAUGUUGAUAUUGCACCAUUAGUGGAACCACCAAAGGAACCUCCUAAAAUAAUAGAUCCAAAUGAAGAAUUAGAGAAAUUAAAGAAGUCUUUACAGAUUUUUGAAUCAAUGCACGAAGUAGUACAAAUUUUAGACUCCGAUUCUUCUGAUGAUGAAGAGGAAGAAAGACUUGUUUUAAAACCGAAGAAUGUAUACGCAGAUCGACCCCUACCAUACAUUAUUGGAUCUGAUCUUUGGAGAACCAAAUGGCAUGCUGGUUUAGUGGUUGAAGACAGUGACACGGAUAGUGCGGCUUCAAAACACGAGCCACAAGAGGAAUACUCCGAUUCAGAACCAGAGGUUACGGAUACACAGACAGACAAACAUAUUGAAAAAGAUACAUGGAUAUCAAGCUCGCCCAGUGCAGAGGCUAGUGUCAGUACAAGUUUGACUAAACCAGCCAAGCCAGCAGAUAUAGCAGCUGAGUUAGCCAGAAGAUUAGGCGGUGACAUGAUACCACCACCUCCACCUAUGGAAGCAAUGCCGGAACCAACUACGACGAAAGUGUACCGGCCUGAACAACCUACUACAGCAACAAUUUUCUCCAAUGAACCGCCUCCAUUAGAUCAAGUUGAGUCUGAUAGUGAAGACGAUAUAUUCGCAGAGUUACACCGAAAUCGCUACACACAUAAUGAUAGGACUCAGCCGGUUGCUAACGUUGUUGAUGAAUUGUUUGGCAACGUAGAAUCGAAGCAAUCAAACACUAAAAAUACAAAAGCACUGUUCGAUGACGACUCAGAAUCUGAAUUGUUUGGAGAUAAACCUAAAAUUAAAGAAAAAUCACCUGAGAUUGCAGAAGAAAGUGUCAAGAAACCAGUUGGUGGUAUUUCUCUAUUUGGUUCGAAUAAGCACUCAAUCAGCAUAGGAGCUGCUAUAUUAAAACGCCAACAACCAAAGUCAUCUGAUGAAGAAAUUGAUAAUUCAGAAAGUCCAAAAAAAUCAAACGUUGCGAUACUUAAACCAUCAGAAAAUUUGACAACUAAUAUCCCUGUAGUAACUAAAGAUACCCAAGAAAAAGUUAGCAGUCAAAAUAAUAACAAAGAUAUUAUAGAACAUCUGUUUACUAAACCUAAAUCCAAAAAUACUAACAAUAAAACUAAACAGGAAACAAAGGAAAAAAUACCUGAGAAGAAAGUUGAUCUAUUUACUGAUGAUCUGUUUGACGAUAUAGAUGAUAUAUUUACAAGUAAAAUCACAAAAACCCCAGAUACAAGAGUAAAAGAGAAACUAUUUGAUAGUGACGAUGAUCUCUUCAAUGAAAAGAUUAUAUCAAAGCCAAAAGAAUCACAGGCUAAGAGAAGCUUAGUAUUUUCUGAUUCAGAUGAUGAUUUAUUUAAAGAAACUGAUACUAAAAACAUUAUAAAAAAUAGUACCGCGGUCGAUAAAGAGGAAAUGAAUAAAAAUGGAUCGAACGCAAUUGUUCAAACACCAAAGCUAAUCUUAGAAAAAGAGAUCAAUAAACCCAAAAGUAAUAAAAAUGAAAACAAUGAUUUAUUCAACAAAAAUGAUCUAACGAAAGAAGUUGUUAAUAAAAAAGACACGAACAAGGAAUUUAGUUCUAAAUUAGAAAAUAAUGUUAGAAACGAAGGCGCUUCACUUAUUUCAAGCGAUAUUCCAGGCGAAAGUAUGUUAGAUAGUAAUAAAGAUACUAAAAAUAAUGAAGAAGAAGCAAAAACAUCAUCAAAAGAUAAAAAUAAUAAAUUUGAAAGUAUUUUAGAUGCUGAAAGUGACGAUGAUCUAUUUAAAAACAAUACUGUAUCAAAUAGAAUUAAAGUUUCAGGUUUGAAAACGAAUAUUUUUGAUGAUGAUAGUGAGGAUGAAUUAUUUGGUAAUGUGUUACCAAUAUCAAAUAAACAAGUGCCACAGACCAAAAACAAUCUUAACAUAAAUGAAACUAUUGAAAAUAGAACAAAUAUUAUUGAUAGUUUAGAAAAAGUAGAUAGCCAAGCUUCAAUAUCCAAUGCGACUUCAUAUACACUUGUUACUGAUGAAGUUGUUAAAUCAACUACAGAAUCAACGAAUGUAAGUUUAUUAAAUGAUGAAAGUGAUGAAGAAUUGUUUGGUGAUAAAAGCAAAAAUCCUACUAUUGAAGAUACAAAUCACUCUAUGCUUGAAGAUAAAGCCCUGUCUGAAUUUACCAAUGGAAUGAAAAAUGAAAUGAGCCAACAUACGACAUUUCAAGAUCGUAUGUUGGAACCUAAGGAAAGAGGUUCAACUACAAGUGAGGACAAAAAAAGCUUGCAGAUUAGUUAUACGGAUGAUACGGUCAAUACAGACUUUCGAAGUCCAUUAGUAUUUAAUGAUGAUGAAAUGGACGAGUUAUUAACAAGUAACACAAAAACAUCCAAGAACAUUAUUGAAAAUACAUCUGAUAAUAAAAAACAACAAGAUAUGUAUCUCAAUCCGUCAGAAAAUUUAAUGGAAUCUAUUAUAAAUACUAAUGAAACAAAUGAGCUUUUAAAAUCGGAAUCUGAAGGUGUGUGUAAAGAGAUUCUUCAACCGUCGCUUCCUGUUUCAUCUCAAAGUGAUGGUGAUAUUCUAAGAAACGAAUAUAAUAAAUUAGGAUUUCAUGAAGAGAUCUUAAAGGAAUCUAAAAUAGUCUAUGAUGUUGAAGAAGAUGAAAACACUUUUACUGAGCCCCUAGAUAGAGAAAUUGAUAAAGAAACAAGUCCAUUUUCUGACAUAUUCAAUGACGUACCACCAGAAUUUGAAAAACCCAAAGAACCGAAAAGAAGUAAAAACGUCAACGCUCUGUUCGACGAUGAUUCGGAUGACGAAACUAUGUUUUUCAAAAAAAGUAGUGACGUUAAUGAUGAACUACCAAGUCCUGAUUAUACUCAAGAAAGAUUCAGUUUAUUUCACGAUGAACCCCCUUCUAUAGAAGUGGAUUUAACUGCGAAAUCUUCGAGCACUCACAAUGUUGAAGAAAUUAUAAAAAAUUCACGGACUGAUUUAAAUAUAGAAACAAAUUUGGAAUCAUCUCAAAACUUUAAAGAAAUAGAAACAACAAAUGUCGACUGCAAUAUUAAAAAUAUAGUUCAGAAUGAUUUUGGUACAAAUGCCGAUGAAUUUCCACAGAGUUUAGAAAGUUCAAUAAGAUCUACAAAUGCCAUGAUCGCCGAUAAAAUUAUUAAAUUACAAACAGAUGUAAAUAAAACAAUUGAAGGUGAAAUAAAAGAAAAAAGUAUUGGGAAAUUAAAGCCUGUUCAUUUUAAUAUCAAUGUAAAUACAUUAUUACCGGGUGUUGCACACAAAAAACCAAAGCUAGUUGAAGAACUUGAUGGUUCUGCUUCAUCAAAAGCCGAAAACAGUGAAUUCGAAAAAAAAUCUAUUAAUUUUAAAGAAAAAGAUUCAGCUAUUUUAGAUAAUAAAUUAUCUAAAGAACGAGCGAGAAUUCCAGUGAAAAGAAGGCCUUCCACUAGGCGUGCCAGGAAGGAAGCUGCAAGAAAAUCUGGUAUAGAUUUUGGGGACAGUAUUGACUCUACAGACAAUUCGAGCUCUAUUGAUGAACCAAACAAGGAUAAUAAAACCGAAGAUACUAAUAAAAAUGUUACUGAAGUUGAAAGUAUAAAAAAAUAUAACUCUGAUGCAAAUACAGAAAGCAGUAAAAGUACAACCAAGGUAGUUUACAUCUUAAACGAUGAAGACAUAUUUUCAGAUGACAAUAAAAAUGUGGAGCCUAAUUCAAAUAGUCAAGACUUAAAAUCACAGACCAAUUAUAAUAAUUUUGGUACUCCAUCGACCAUAGAGAAAGAUAAGAAUCAAAAUGGUAUAGAUAAAAAAUCACUUUUUGAUCUAAGUGAUAGUGAAACUGAACUUUUUGGCGCUAAAAAGUCUUAUGUUACACCAAAGACGAAACUUUUUGAUUCUGACACCGAUGAUGAUGAUGAUUUAUUUGGAAGUAAAAAAGAAACCACAGUAAAGGAACAAAAGCAAAACCUAUUAUUUAGUGAUGAAAGUGAUGGUGAACUAUUUAGUACCUCAAAGCAAGGAAAGAAAGUCUCAAAGAAACCUUCCGAACCAGUUUUUGAAGAUCCUCUUUCAAUGUUGAACCAAGGUGACAGCUAAGGAUGUUUUAUCUAU